AUGGCAAACAGCACGAUCUUUGCUAAUUGGGGAUCUCAUCUAUUAGAAUACAGAAAUGGGCAAGUAGAAUUCUUUGAAAUACAACAACAUAGAAUUUCAAAGUUGGUAUGGAAAGCGAAUUGGGCAUCGAAUUGGACUCAUUUACUACCAUUCAGAUGGCAACAUAAGAAGUAUCUACUCUCGUACAAGAAGUCAAAUGGUCAGGCUGCACUGAAUGAAGUAUUAAAUGAAGGUUGUUCCGAAGGAUGUUCUUUGGAAUGGAGGGCUGGAUGGGAGAAAAUGGUUAUUUAUUAUGAAGGGGAUCAACCUCGUCUCCUCUCUACACGCGCUGGUGAGGCAUCUGUUGACAUUCUAACUGGUCACUCUGUAAUCAACAUCGCACAUACAUAA